UCUACAGUCACGUCGCAAAGUCAGCUGACCCUUCUUGUUUUCUCAGUGCUGCAAAUUUUCCUUCCUGAAAAAUGUCUCUCCACUCGGCAAUUAAGGGCAAACUCCUAUCAGUUAUUGGGGAUGAGGAUACGUGUGUGGGAUUCCUCCUCGGUGGAGUUGGUGAGAUCAACAAGAACCGUCAUCCCAACUUCAUGGUCGUGGACAAAAAUACUUCCGUAAGCGAGAUUGAGGAGUGCUUCAAGCGUUUCCUGAAGCGCGAUGACAUUGACAUCAUAUUGAUCAAUCAGAACCUCGCUGAGCUCAUUCGUCAUGUGAUUGAUACUCACACUGCUCCCCUUCCGGCUGUUCUGGAGAUUCCCUCCAAGGAUCAUCCCUACGAUGCUGCCAAGGACUCAAUUCUGCGUAGGGCAAAGGGAAUGUUCAAUCCUGAUGACUUGGUAGCUCCGAGCAGGGGUUAAAAAUUCAUUGAAUAUUCUCACCACUUAAAUAUUCCAACAAUCACAAGGUAUUAUUGAAAAUACUAGAGUUUAUUUGAUGUAAAUGUGUUAAAUAAAAUAAUCCUUAAAAAACA